AUGUCGACGGUAACGGAUGCGAAGCCAGAGGGGCUUUUUGCCCCUACACUGGAGUCAGAGCGGCUCAGAUACGAAUUAUUCGACAUGAAAAACGACACACACAUGCAAUUCUCAACUGAGACAUUCAAUCUUAUCUUGGCAGGAGCCGGUCCAACCGAUGGGAAUUGGACGAAGAACGACGUUCGUCGGCUCUGCUUUUCGUUGAUGAUGAAGCCGUCUGAGGCCCACGGGCGCCGGCCAGACACUCCAUGCAUAUAUAUCAUGUACCUUAAAGAUAUGCCAGCCACGCCAAUUGGACUUAUCUCUUUUUGUCGCCGUACUCCUGAGAUCCCUAUGGACCUUGGCUGGGCGGUAGCUCCCGACUACCGAAGGAAAGGCUACGCAUCAGAAGCGAGUGCGAGGAUUUCGCGAUAUUGGAAAGAUGAAUUCGGCAUCAAAGAGAUGUGCAUUGUAACCAGCGAAGAUAAUAUCCCAUCCAGGAGGAUUGCGGAGAGCAUUGGCUACGUAGAUGGUGGCUAUGUGAUGAUGGAGGGCAACAAAGAGGUUGCCUACGUACUUCCCGGAAUGAAGAAAUUUGAAGGGCAGAUCUUUCCAUUCUGGGGAGAUGGAGAAACCCCCGACGAAGAUUACUAG